GCGCGUUCCAUUCAGUCUCAGUCGCGGGAGUACUACAACUCCCAGCAUGCGCCGGGCCAGCCUCGCUGCCGCUUAGUGAGCUCGGCGCGCUGAAAGUGGGUCGUGCCCAGUCUCUUUCCACCUCCCCAGCAGCCGCGGAGGCGCGCCCGCAGUAACGGUUGAGCACGUUCACAGCAGGGCCAACGAGGAACAGCUUCCCCAGUCUCCCCCAGGGGCGCUACAGCUCAAGCUUUUGCGCAUGCGCCACAGAAGACACGUGGCCCGUGUUUAUCUUUGCGCAUGCGCGAGACGAAGGGCCGGGAGGUCGGGAGACGGUGUGUCUGCAGUCUACGCUCCUGUUUCGGGCGAACCGUGCAGAGGCCUGAAAUGAAGCUGUCCUCUCAAUCCUAGAUGUGGUCCCUGCAAAUCAGGGUAGAGGAUCUGAUCCUGCUAUUGGCUCUGCAUAGGUGGCACUUUUGGCCCACAUGGAUCCCCAUUGGACCCAUCCACACAGAAUUAGUUGCAGGAUCAGGACUGCAAUAUUUUGACUCCAGAACUUUACAAGCUUAAGGAGAGCUUUAAGUCAAUGAAGAAAUCAAACGAGAGGAAAAAAUUAAGGUCACAAAACGUACAAACCAGAAGCAAGAAAAGGUCAUACAUAAAAGGACUGAGUUUCCAUCUGCCAUCAGAUGUCUUUCUGCCUGACUGAGAUGCACCUGUGGUCUUUGAAGAAUACCUUACAUGUUGGGGAUGAAGACAUUGGGAUCUAUCAGUACUAUGACAAGAAAGAACCAGUAUCACAAAUGAACCAUGGUUACUUAGAAGAGAAACAACAGCUUGUGGAAUCUCGAGAUUAUCCUUGGAUACUUAAAAACAAACGCCCAGAAAAACUGCGCGAUGCUCUCAAGGAACUGGAGGAGCUGAUGCAAAACAGUCAGUGUGUGCUGAGCAAAUGGAAGAAUAAAUAUGUCUGUCAGCUCCUCUUUCAUUCAGGUGUACUGGUGUCCCUAAGCCUUUCUGGGCCACAGCUGGAGAAAGUGGUGAUUGACAGGACCCUGGCGGGGAAGCUCAUCUCCGACACCAUCAGUGAUGCUGUUCUUACAGACAGUUUCAUCAUCUUGUCAUUUUGGGAGCAAAACAAGCUCUGCUUCAUUCAGUUUACAAAGAAGACAGGUUCUCCUGAUGUAAACAAAAGACUGGAAAAACUCUCAUCCUUGGAUUUUAAGAUUUCUUAUAUUGAUAUACCCGGACCAGCAAGUAGAAGGAUAAAACGUCACUUGUCAAUAAAUUGUAUCCAAGAUAUGGUCAUUUGCUGGUGGUCACUGACUAAUGACGGAGCAUGGCCUUGGUCUCCUAUUUCCAGUGAGAGGGACAGAGCCAACUUAUUGUUAUUAGGCUGCGCACAUGGCAGACUAGAGGUUCUGAGUUACAUCCAUACAGAAUGGGAUCCACUUGAUGCUAGCUUUAGCACUAAUCAGCCUUAUCAGGUUCACACAGUGGAGCACUCCAUCAGCACAGACAAAGAGCCCAUGGCUGACAGCUGCAUCUAUGAGUGGGUUAGGAACAAAAUUCAGUGCAUGGCAGUCACCAGAAUACCACUAAGAUCCAGGGCCAUCAGUUGUUGCAGGAACAUUGCAGAAGACAAGCUGGUCCUCGGCUGUGAGGAUUCUUCAAUGAUUCUGUAUGAAGCCCACCAGAGAGUGACUCGGUUAGCCCAGGCAGAACUAUUGCCUGCUUUAAUAAACUGCCACCCCAGUGGAGCCAUAUUUCUGGUUGGCAGCUCUCAAGGGGAGCUGCAGCUUUUUGACAUGGCACUGUCCCCAAUUAAAAUACAGCUUUUGGCUGAAGACUGCUCACCUAAAGCAACUUUGCAAUUCAGUAAACGGUUUGAUGUGUCUAGCAGCCUCAUCCAGAUGCAAUGGGCAGCUCCUCAUGCUGCGUCUGACAGCGACAACAGCAUGGAAGUUCAUGACCUUCUGUUAAUUCGGUUUGACAAAGGACCUUUAGGAGUACUUCAGUUUAAACUUGGUGUCAUCACAAGAGGACGGCUGGGCCCUGUGGAAAUCAUCCACCAGUAUGUUCGUUAUGAUGAGAUAUAUGAGGCGAUUAGUGUCCUGAGCAGCAUGAACUGGGACACUAUGGGUCAUCAGUGUUACAUAAGCAUGAGUGCCAUUGUAAAUCACCUUCUUAGACAAAAGCUGACGCCAGAGAGAGAAGCACAGCUUGAAGCAAGCCUUGGAACCUUUUAUGCUCCAACAAGACCCCUGUUGGAUAUGACUGUGUUGGAAUAUAGAGACCCAAUCAGCAGAUAUGCAAGAAGGUUCUUCCACCACCUGCUCAGGUAUCAGAGAUUUGAAAAGGCAUUUCUGCUCGCUGUUGACAUAGGUGCUCGUGACCUGUUUAUGGACAUCCAUUACCUUGCAGCAGAUAAGGGUGAAUUGGCACUAGCUGAAGUGGCAAAGAAAAAGGCUAACGACAUUGAUGCAGAAUCAAUAACUACUGGAGUUGCUGUUUUGGGGCAUUUAGACAGAGAGGAUUCUUCAGAUGAAGGUUUUGUCGCCCUAUCUCUAACAUCGCAAGAGGAACAGACAUUUCAGGAUGCCCUCCCUGCCUCUGGCUCAAACUUCAGACACACAGCACAGAGCAGUUCUAACAGUUCUGCUAUGCGUAGACAAAGAGACAACAGGGAGAGUGCAGCUGGAAUGGGGAGCAAUGCUGCUUCUGUAAUGGAUAAACCCUUGUCCUGGAAUCCAGCAGCUAGUUCGGGGAAUUUUGGGGAUGUUCAUACAGAACAGGGGAGAAUUCCUGUGCUUACCCUCAUAGCAGAAGACAAGACGGCUGUCAAUCUCAUAGGAGGAGGAUUUAGGAGUGAAAAAGGAGCAAAGCAGCAUGGUUACCAUAAAGAUGUAGACAAUGUCGAGUGUUGAAACGUUAGACAGAAACCCCAGGAUUUGAGCAGGUGCUACAUUCCUGCACCUAGAAACAGAGCGAUGUCAAUAAUUAUCCAGUAGUUUGAAAUGGUCUUAUGGAAACUAGAGUGAAAUGUCCAAUAUCAAUGAAACAAAUGAAAGUUCUAAGAGUCUUACAUCCCUUAAGAAGACAGAGAAUCUUACCAUGCACGAACUUUACUGCACGAUCUGCCUGGGAGAGUUGUGGUAGAGGCGAUGCAUGAAAUUCACCAGGAAAGAGGACUUGUUUCAGCAUUAUAUAACCUUAGGGGUGUGGUAGAGAAGUGUUUAGUUAUAUAGAGAGGAAUGGGGAAACACUUUCAUUUUCCUAUAAAACAACUAACUGUUGGUAUUUAUGUGGUGCAUGGAGCUUUAUCCAGUAAAGGCCAAGUGCCUCCUAACAAACGUGUUCUCCAACUUUUUCCUCAUCCACCAAGCAGCGAAAAUGUCAGACAAGAGGCUGGAACUAAAAUGCAGUAUUUAUAUCAAGACAAAAUGCUAGCUGUUGAAAUACUUUUGACCCUAAACAUACGGCAGUAAUAUAUGCAUUGUGCACUGAAGCAUUGUUUAAGAAUGUGAUGUGUAUCUCUGUGGUAGAAUAUAUAUACCAUAAGAUGGAGCUGCUGCUCUGGUAAAUGCUUCUUAUUAGGUUGCAAGGGUGUUUUUUUUUUCCCCUCAAUUGAAGUGAAAGAGUGAAAGCCACAUGAAUCCCACUGAACUUGCCAGCACACACAUAAGCCUGCGGCAGCCUUAACUUACAUACCCUUCUUGUUGCCAGUUUUCCACUUUUUUUUUCCAAUUUAAAUUAAUGUAUUUUGUAAACUACAGUAGAGCACAUACACCCGCUUCCCUUUGAUUUCAGCUCCACACCUAGUUUUCCUUUGCAUCACGAAGAGGUUUCUGCUCAUAUGUAAUUGUAAGGGAAGCAGUGAUUCACUAGAGCAUAACCCUUUCCUUAGCAAAGUUUUCACACUUUUUGUAGGCAUGCCAACAACAUGUAGCAUGAAACACCCUUGCGUUCUAGGCACAUGCCGUUUUCAUUAAUUGUCAUGUUGCUUACAAAAAUAAUGAGCUAUGUUUCAGUUCUGCACAUGCAUUUGUUGUGCAUACAUUGGGGGGGCCCAUUUAUGUGCACUUAAAUCAAGUAUUUGCAGGUUUGCAUUAAGAUUACAAAAUUGCAUCCCUCGCUUUAAAAAUCUGGCUCUGGUAAUACUGGCAUUAAGACAAUGUUAGAAUGUUUGUUAUACAUUUUAAAUAAAGAGAACAAAAUAAGGUUUAGCUUUUGCAAAUAAGCUUCCAUGCAGAGGUUAAUUGGAGUCAAUAUUUAGAUAGGUUUGCAUUUCCUUGUAUUUGUUUUGGAGUUUCUUAAAUAUAAAAAGGGUACAUUUUAAAAUCUAUCAUUGCAUUUAAUUUCUGUAGGCUAAAGUGAGUGAUUGUAUGUUGUUGUUUUUCCCCCAGGAGGCUGGAGGAAGUGGCUCUCUCAAAGUGGUUCAUUUUGGUCUAGUAUAAUCAAGAAUAUGAACACUUUCACUUUAAAAGAAAAAUACUCUAAGCCUGAUUAGACUCCCACUGAAAUUCAUCGCAGUCUUUCAUUUGGCUUCAGUUGUCUUUGGAUCAGGCCCUUCAAGAGAAAAUUCAGUUAAAAGUUUCAGCGCCGGUCUGCUUAAAACACUGAAUUAUUGAUUUAUAGGCACCUGUCUCUGCAAAAACUGACCCACGUUUAUUUAUGAAAAGCAAUAUUGUGAAAUUUUCCUCAUGCCAUUUGAUGCCAUACAAAAUCCAAUAAUCAUGGCUACCAGUAUUACUGUACAAAUGGUAAUGCUGAAAGAUUGUUUUUUCAUUAAACAAAUCCAUAAGCCUCGCAGAGCAAAUUCUCUGUAAUUCUCCAUGCAUUAUAUAUUUUAACAAUCUUCACUUAGAUGCAGAUUUGAAUUUCCACUUAAGGCUCUGAAAACCAUUCUACCGAGAUACUAGCAGAUAAAAUCUUCACUCAGGAUACCUCUGUGAAAGAGCAGCCUUUCACAGUCAGCAGCGUUUUUUAAAGAAUGCUCUCAAUUUUCGUAUCUACAUAUAUCAUCUUAGGUGAAUAACCAUUAUUUUGCCUUUAAAAAAAAAAGACAUGGAGUCUCUUAAACAUCAUUCCAUUGGAGUCCAGAUUUUAAUCUUGCUCCUCUAGCCACUAACAGAAAAUGCUACAGAGAAGACAACUUAACCUGUUUCAUUACUAUACUUGUUCCGGAACUAUUAAAAGAGAAAAGGAACUUUAUGAUGUUUCUGCCUUCCUACCAUAUCAUGUAUGUGCACACAUAUUGUACUUUACUAUAUAUACACACAUAUAGAUUAAGCUUGAUCUUUUGGACCAGUCAGUUAUGUAAAACUGAAAGUCAAUGAUCUACUUGAAUUUGCUUUUUGGUUACUGUCUUUAAACGGUACUGUCACUAACUAAGUGGAUUAAAAAUAAAAAAUCAAACUGUUUAGAAAUACUGUGUUGAGAAAAUCUGAGUUUAUUUAAAAUGUAUCGAUUUAUUGUUCAUUGGUCCAGCCAUUUUUUUUCCCCUAAAAGGCUGCUGAAAUCUAACAUACUCAGUGGAUGGUGGGUUUGGUAGUAAUAAAUAAAUCCAACAUAAUUUAGCUGUUUGUUUGUAUCAGCAUAUUCAGAGAUGUCUAUUAAAACAGACUGAAAAGCUUACGUCUUGAGUGAACAAAACUGUUAAGUGCAUAAAAUUCUACAUAUUCAAUGGGGAAAAUAUUAAUAAAGUGAGAACUGUGAAACAAACAGCAGUUUACUACAGCAUUUCACCACACACAGCUGUAUAUAUAAUGGAUGGUUACGCUAUGCAUCCGUACAGUAAUUUGAGGAGAGCAUGUGUUGCAUAUGAUACAGAUUUCUAUUUAAUUUCUGAGAUAGAUGCAGUGCAACAACAGAUCAAGGAAAUCUCUCACUUGCUCUACAUAAAAUGCUGAAAUGUGUUACCUAGGCAUAGAGCUAUUUUGCUGAAUUGAAGCCAUAUUUCUGUCAGUACAAGUGAUGGUCUAUAUGUGGGAUUAAUCUGACACCAGACAGUGAUCCUUAAUCCUUCAGUAUAUCAUAAUCUAUUUACUUUGCAUGCUAA